UUGAUCUGGAUGGACUGUGUUUGGCGUUGUCCGCUGACCUCGACGCUAGGGGGCGCAUACCAUUCCAGGUCCACUUCCCUUACACGUGUAGAUUUAUUUCAAGAUGGCUGCGCCUAGUAACUCGUGAACUACGCACAGGAUUAAGGUCAUGUCCGGAGAAAGGGAAAGUCAACUGAAUGUGGAAUUCGAGAUGGCAGAAGGCAUGGUAAUCGAUCAAGGUGAAGAGAUGGCGAAGACCACACCUGAGGAGGAUGUAGGUGACUGUGAUGGUGAUGAUGAUAAAGAGACUGAAGAAAUAUGUGUUGUUGAUGGAGAUGGCAGUAAGAAAAAGAAACCUACGAGCAAGAAGAUCGUACCAGGCAUUUUAUAUCUGGGCCACAUCCCACCCAGACUAAAACCAAGUCAUUUGCGGAACAUGUUAGGGGUCUACGGAGAGAUUGGACGGAUAUUUCUCCAGCCUGAAGACCAUUCAGUACGUCGGAAGAAGAAGAAAGCUGGUUCUAAGGGCCACGACUUCACUGAGGGCUGGGUGGAGUUUAAGGACAAGCUUGUUGCCAAGAGAGUAGCAGCCAGUUUGCACAACACCCCCAUGGCCGUCCGAAAGAAGAGCCACUUCGCUUCUGACCUGUGGUGCAUCAAGUACCUCCACCAGUUCUACUGGUGCCACCUGAGCGAGCGACUGGCCUAUGAGCAGACCGUGAGGCAUCAGCGCUUGCGCACCGAAAUCUCGCAGGCCAAGCGCGAGACCAACUUCUACCUGGCCAAUGUGGAGAAGAGUCAGAACUUAGAGAGGCUGCGGAAGAAGAGGGAGAAGAGUGGGGAGGAGGCGGUGGAGAAGACCUGGGACUUCACCCAACGGCGCACUGAGGAGGAGAUCCAGCAGAGCCGCCUGCGUAAAUACGCCAUGUCGAAGAAGAGCCUUCAGAAAGCACAGGAUAAGGCCCGCGCCAUCCAGGAGAAGGCCCAGUCCAACGUCUCCCUGCUGGCCAAGAUCUUCAACAGCCAGUCAGCUGACAGCUGAUACGGCUAAGACCGAAGACGCACAUGGCAGUCGCACAGACUAUGGGAGGGUGGGCGGAUCACGAUACCCCAUAUAUCCAUGAUUCCGAUUCUGCUUCCUGUCAUGCAGAGAGGGAAGAACCUUUUCAAGGUUCAAUGAACCCCGGGUUACUCAGAUGAUAGCGCAGUUUUAUCGUCAGCAUAUUGUAAGAGUUACGGUGACUGGUUAAAUUACGUAGGACGGUGGCCACUGCUAGAACUAAGGUAUCAGAAUAAGAUGGAUGCAGCAAAUGGGACCUUAAUGUGUUGGACCAUCGGGCUGGAUGCUGCUAAGGAGUGUGCACUCAUUGUAUUUUGAUUCAUUAUAAUGCCUUUGUAUAUUCAGCAGUGGUUCUCAAACUCGGUUCUCAGGCCCCACUGCCCUGCUUGUUUUCCAGCUAUCCCUGCCCUACACACUGCUGAUUGACUAAACACACCUGAUCCAGGUAAUCAGAAGCUGAAAGACAGCUGGGACUUGUGUGUGGGGCAGGGAUAGCUGGAAAACAAGCAGGGCAGUGGGGCCCGAGGACCGACUUUGAGAACCACUGAUAUACAGUGAUGUUUCCCAGCCUAGUCCUCAAAGAAUCUCAGAUGGACCACGUUUUUACUCCUGUGGACUGUCUGGCAGGAAGCUGGGAGGCAGAAAAAACAUAGCUUGUCUGGAGGUCCCCGAGGACCGGGUUGGGAAACACUGAUAUGGUGCAUACUAUUAGACCCAAGGUCUCAGGCCUUUAUGCUAAUUCUUAUGCUAGUUUUUUGUUUAAACCAACCCCUUGGAUAAAUUAUGAAAUAAGAAAAUGUUGCAUCUGUCAGGUCCCUAAGGUGCAGAUCAUAGAGCACAAAUGUUACAUGUACAUUUGAGGGAACGAAAAUUAAAUAUUUGUGUAUUGAAAAAGAAUGUGGAUACUAAGUUAAAGGUCUUUCCCCCCCUCAGACUAAUAAUACAAUGCUACCCUUGAAAGAACAUAGAAAUUUAAGUAGCGGGCAAUGAUAUUUGGACUGUCGACAGUAGAAUUUUGCCUGUAUUACGAGCUCAUCCAGCACAUGAAGAUGACACCAGGUUCACAGCCACAGCAGUUGUUUAGUAUGUCGGGUUUUGUCUUUGUUCCCGAAACACAACUGACCAUUGUUAUUACUAUUGUUUUGAGCAGAUGGCAAAUUGAAAUAUGAACGAACUUUGAAAGAAAAACAUGUUAUUGGAAAAAAUAAAAAAUGCAUGUUAAAUUAUG